ACGUCGUACUCUCGCUAUCGACUAUCGACACGCGUGCACGUCAACACUGUUUGUUUACACCGAGUAACAACAAAAAUAUUAUUUUAUCAUUUAGCGUUCAGCCGUUUUCGAGACAGUGACGAAGGAAUAAUUGUGAUGUGUUUUUGACAAAAAUGGAUAACAUUUGCUCUAACUCUCCUGCACAUAAAGGUGUGAGCAGCCUUGAAGGAAUGUACACAGACUUCGACGGAUGGGUGACCAGAUUCAACUCGUGUUACAAAAGAUCACCAGAAAUGCGAACGGUUUCCCGCCAAAAAGAUUCAAGACGUCACGAUGACAUCGACCUUUAUGAAAGAGAUUAUUUUUUAAACAAUUUGCUGCUAAGGCAAAGGCACUUACGUCGUUCAGCCAGACGGCAAUGUUUUAAUUUUUUUAAAGAAAACGAUGGAUUUAUAUCCUACGAUCAUGUUUAUUAUAGACUUAUGAACAAAAAUGGUGAUAAAAGAAUUAUAUUCCAAUAUAUUCAGUCUAAAUUGUAGUUUAAGACGUAUGUGAUAUGUUAUCAGCAGAUUUAAGACUUUAUCUUUAGGGUGACAGGGUUCAGAAUUCUACAAAAUAUGUAGAUUAUAUUUUUGCACUUUGAACGAAAUAAUAUUAUCGCUCUCUUUUACUAAUGUAAGUAAAAGGAAAGAGAUAGCAAGACUGCCAUACAACUGCCAUGUAUCAAGGCUCGAUCGAACAAUUGUCUUUUUAAGUUUUCGAAUUUCUGAUUAUUUUUAUGAGUACGAUAUAUUUACUCGAUAAAGAUUUAAUAAAAAUGUUGAAUCUAUUGACAAAAUCAAUUUUGAUGUAAGCAAAGAAUAUAUGGUCACUA